AUGAGCCGUUUCGAGGUGUCUUCGGUGUCAAAAGAUGAUGGAAAUGACUCGGAAAACAACACAAUCUCCAGCCAGAAACAGCCCCCGAAUUCCAUAGCCAUCGAUGUCGGGCAGAACAAUAAAGGUGAGGAAAAUUUAUUUUAUUUUUAUCUUAUUUUAUUUGUCAAAAAAAAAUUAUUUUUAAAAUACGAAAUGCCUUUAUUUGAGCAUUUAAAAAUCCAAAAAACCCAGUAAAAAAUUAUUAUUACCUUACCGAUUUUUCAGCCGAUAAUUUCAGCUAACAGGGGAAGUACUCCAAGUGCGACGCUCAGAUUUUCUUUAAAUUUUGCACACACGUCGGACAUGAACUAAAUAUCAAUUCCUGAAAGUUUUAGCUCGCGCUUUGCGGGCGCCGCCGAGAUAUGGAACGAUUUUUGCCGCCGAGAGAGCAGGCUAAACGUGGAGAGCGGUCAGAGAGAAAAGCGCUUUUUGGCCAUAACUUUGGCAAUUUCGUGCGGAAAAAUUUGAUUUUUUCUAGAAACAUCAUUCUUUACAGUGGAAGUAGGCAUGAAAAUUUUCGUGCCGAAAUUCGGCAAAAAGUCCGAAAUUUUGGCCGACUUUCGAUCUAAAAAUCUCGGUUGUUUCUGCAAAGCGCGAGCUAAGAAUCUUGCAUAUAUUUUUGAAAAAAUUAUUCUAAAUUUAUGCCAAGUUUCAUCGAAAUCUGAGCGUCGCACUUGGAGUACUUCCCUUGUCCCGGACGGAUCUUUUCCAAUUCAAAAGUUGCAAAAAAUCCGUCAUUUUUUUUGCGUUGGGUUCCUCCAGGUUCAGAGCUUAAAAAAACUGGCAAAAAUACGGCCAAAAGUUGUUUUUCUCUCUGACCGUUCUCCGCGUUUCGCAUACUCUCUCGGCCACAAAGAUCGUUCCAUAUCUCAGCGGUUUCUGCAAAGCGCGAGCUAAAACAUUCAGCAAUUGAUAUGCAUCCCAUGCGUGACAUGUGUGCAAAAUUAAAAAAAAAAUCUGAGCGUCGCACUUGGAGUACUUCCCCUGUAAAAAGUUGUUUAUUAGUUUUGCAAACCCGGGAUUAGACACUGUUCCCCUUACGGAACAAAGAGACUUUGAACGCAAAUAUUAUACUAUUUAGAACGUAAAUAUUACCUGGGUAUUAACCUGUUUUCCCGGCAAUUAUCAAAUCGCGUAUGCGGCUAAUUGCUAGGCAGAUUAUCGGCUGAGAAUCUACCUUUGACUUGUUUACCCCCUCUCGAGUACCUAAUAAGCAGGAUACGUUAUAAUCUUGGAUGACAUUGUCUGGGAGGGACAUAGAUCUGUGUAGCAAAUGGGGUGGGGAUUGGUGGGGAUAAAUUUUGAGCUUAAAAAAGUGUGGGAUUGUCGUAAAAAAGAGUUUUUGGACCCUAAGUUUACCGUUACAUGAUGAUGACUUUUAGUAAGUCUUUGACGAAAAUCUAACAGGGGAAGUACUCCAAGUGCGACGCCCAGAUUUUGAUGAAGCUUGGCACAAAUUUAGAAUAAUUUUUUCUAAGAUAUAUGCUAUAAUCCUAGCUCGCGCUUUGCAGAAACAACCGAGAUUUUUAGAUCGAAAGUCGGCCAAAAUUUGACACUUUUUGCCGAAUUUCGGCACGAAAAGUUUCAUGCCUAUUUCUACCGUAAAGGUUAAUCUUUCUACAAAAAAUCAAAAUUUUCCGCACAAAACCUACCGGAGAAUUUUCCUAAAAAAUUUAGAUAGCGAUUUUAUUUUUUUUUAAAUUGGCACGGGGCAAAAUAAAUAACCCAAUUUGAUUUGUAUGUCACCAUCCUUAUACAGGGUGGGGCAUCUUUGUGGCCCGAUUUGAAUUGACUAUAACUACUUUAGUUUUUGGCCAAAUCUUAAAAUUCUUUUUUUCCUGAAUCCUCUGACAACCCCAUUUUGUUUGAUACCAAACAUGUUAUACAUACAUAUAAUAGUCUCAAGGAACUUAUUCCACCAACACCGAAUUUUCUUGCGAUCUGGAAGUUGGGCAUAAAUCCAAUAACUGUAGAUGACACUAACCUAUGUAUAACAUAUUUUGUAUCAAACAAAAUGGGGUUGUCUGAGGAUUCAGGGAAAAAAAGAAUUUUAAGAUUUGGCCAAAAACUAAAGAAGUUAUAGCCAAUUCAAAUCGGGCCACAAAGAUGUCCCACCCUGUAGAAUACAGGGUCUUACAAAAAAUGUGAAGGAAAGUGGAAGGCUAUAACUUCCGGCGGAGGCGGCGCAGAGACUUCGUAUUUAAUCACCAGGAAAUGUCGGAUUUUUUGGGGGGUUUCGAUAUGGGUGAUGUUGAAAAAGAGGAGGAAAGUGCCAACACUUGCAAUUUUUUCGACGUUUUCUUAAAGUCUAUAUCAAGAAACCCCCAAAACAUCUAACAUUUCCUGGUGAUUUUCAACCGACAAAGUCCGAAAUUUCUCGAUCAUUUUCAACCGAAAAAACCUGGUUUUCGGGGUAGAGAUGCCUCUACUUCAGAAGGUCGUAGCGACCUCAGUUAGCACUUCAAAAGCUUGUUAUUUGAUAAACAAAAACUUAUGUCUGUUAAAAAUACAUAUUUCAAAUAUGAAGUCUCUGCGGAGCCUCCGCCGGAAGUUAUAGCCUUCCACUUUCCUUCACGUUUUUUGUAAGACCCUGUAUUUUCGCACUGUGCAACGGCCAAAAAAGCCAAUUUUUUCGAAUGCACAGUGCAAUUAGGGGGCGCAGGAAAGGUGGGUGCUCAAAAACGGGCUGUAGGAAGUGCCUAAGAGGCCUUGGAAAAAUUGUUCGUUAUAGACAGCUUUUGUUGUACGGGGGUUCUUUAAGCUAUUUGCCGAUGAUAUCUGCAAUAUUUCAGUUCUCAUGACAAUAAUAUUUGUAUACGUAAACUGUAUCAUCCACUAACAAGGCUGUUCAAAUACAAAAAAACAAAGCGUUUGGACUUUUCAAAAAUUAUCCGAAAUUCCGCCAAAGCAAAAAAAAAUUUCUUCCACUCGAUAAUCCUUUGUCCAAUUUCUCCACUACGUAUCUUUAUCCCUCAUUGUUCAUUUCCAAAUUUCUCCCCAAAUUCAGCCAUAAAAUAUGGUCGGAAAAAAGUUUCAAAAUGAAAAUAAAAUUUUUAUGUCUAGGAUAAGGUCAUUUCUCCCCCCAAAUCAGGAGCGUUUAUCCCGAAUCGCGCCGCGAAUUUUCGUUCAAAGAUUAGAGAUAAAAUUUGGGAACGUGAGAUUUAAUUGAACCCAAGAGGAACACUCGUAUUUCAUUUUGAAAUUUUUAGUUAUUUUGACCUAAUUACUGCUGCAGUAAUAUUUUACUGAGCCUCAAAUUUUUGUUUACUGUCUUUGCAAAGAAAUUUGUACGUAUUUUGGAUACAAAAAUUUGGUCUGCCUGAUGAGCAAAUGAGGAAAUGUAAGUGAAAUUUUUUGACUUUUUUUUGUGAAAAAGAUGAAAAAAUUAUUUUACUUCCUUGCAAGGUCAAUAUUUUAAAAAAUUUAUUUGCACUGUGCAAAACAAAAAUGAAAAUUUUCGCACAGUGCAAUGGCCUAAAAAGCCUAUUUUUUCCAUUGCACGGUGCAAAUUUUUCAAACUUAACAUUGCACUGUGCGAUCAAAAAGUAAUAAAAUUUCGCACUGUGCAAUGACCGAAAAAGCCUAUUUUUCGAUUGCACAGUGCAAAUUUUUCAAACUUAACAUUGCACUGUGCAAUCAAAAAAUAAUAAAAUUUCGCACAGUGCAAUGACCAAAAAAGCCAAUUUUUCCAACGCACAGUGCAAAUUUUUCAAGGGUAAAAUUGCACAGUGCAAUCAAAAAAUAAUAAAAUUUCGCACAGUGCAAUGACCAAAAAAGCCAAUUUUUCCAACGCACAGUGCAAAUUUUUCAAGGGUAAAAUUGCACAGUGCAAUCAAAAAAUAAUAAAACUUCGCACUGUGCAAUGGCCAAAAAAGCCUAUUUUUUCGUUUGCACUGUGCAAAUUUUUCAAAUGUUUUUGCACAGUGCAAUCAAAAAAUAAUAAAAUUUUGCACAGCACAGUGGCAAAAAAGCGAUAAAAAAUUGACCGGUGCAGUAAAAAAAAUUUGCCGACUUGCUCCACAGUAAUUUUUUUGGUGCGUUUACUGUAGCCGAAAAAUUUUUUUGACGAUUUUUUGUUUUUUUUUCAAUUUGAAGUAUUCCAGACUGCCUCAACUCCGUAAACUCUGAAAUCCAUUAGAACCCAAUCCAAUAUCCCAUUCGAUUAGGGUCAUUUUGCAUUACCCCACCUCCAAUCUUGUUACAGUCCAAAAAUAGCGCAAGUUCUUUUCUAUCGAAAAAGGGGGAUAAAUUGAAUUCGAUUCGUAUUCUGCGCUCUUUUGAGGACUUCAUUUUUUUGGCAUGUGCCGGAACGUCACAAACAGAACGCAGAUGCGAGAUAAGCCAGGUCUCCGAGGCGUUUCUUGUCUAAUCGCUUGAGGGCGCUGAAGCAAGUUUUGGAAUUUUUUUGGAGGCUUGGAAUACUGUAUUUUGUUACAUUUGGAAGAAGUCUAUUUACUUUUUUCGACAGUUGGAGUUGAAGUUUUAGGGGAAAUAAAUGCAGGGGGAAGCUGGAAGAAGGCUUAGUUAGCAAAAAUAAUAAGAUUUUUUGGCUUCUAGGAUAGCUUAUCACAUAUUUUGAGGUAUUUUACAUGCGUUCACAUCAGUAAUAUAUAAAAAAAUGUAGAUAAGGGUUACGGAUCUUUAUUUUUUUGCCGCAAAUUUUGGUCUUGAAGCCUUCGCCAAGUCUCCGCUGAGCCUUCGCCAGCGAGGUCUCAAAGGCUUUUCAGGGACUCGUAGGUCUCCCACUUUUGGAAUCUCCCAACCUCGAAAAAAUUUUUAAAAACAAAUUUUAGUCGAUUUAUGUAGGGUUCGGAAGGUAUAUAAGAAGGGUGCGUUAUAUUAUUCCAAAAAGUUUCAAACUUACUUCAUUUUUAGCCUACAUGAAAUUUUUGUUUUUUUUUAAUCUAGGCAAAAAAAAAAAUAUUUUUUUUUGGCAUAGGUGGUUUUUUUUCAUGUGGGCAAAAAAAAAAUAAUUUUUUUUUGGCAUAGGUGGUUUUUUUUCAUGUGGGCGAAAUUUUUUUUUUUUUUUGCAUAGGUGGUUUUUUUUUUCAUACGUCAGUCUGUCGGGAAAGCAACGGCGGACCGUCGCGCCUCGGAAUCGCCCAUCAUCACUUUGCGACGGCGAAGUUUGUGAUCUCAGAAAUUGGAAAGAUGAAGAAAUGGAAGUAGGCUAAAACCGAGAUUUUGGCCUAGUUCAUGCAGUCGGUGAAGUCGGUGAAGAUGUAGGCCAAAACCGAGAUUUUGGCCUAGUUCAUGCAGUCGGUGAAGUCGGUGAAGAUGUAGGCCAAAACCGAGAUUUUGGCCUAGUUCAUGCAGUCGGUGAAGAUGUAGGCCAAACCGAGAUUUUGGGUUUCGGCCUAGUUGAUUAAAUCGAAGUUGAUUAAAUCGAACUAGGCCAAAACCAUGAUUUUCGCCUACUUCCUACCCGCUUGGAUGAACUAAGCCAAAUCCACGUUUCCGCCCAGAUCAUAGAAAAUCCUAAAACAGGUGGCGUCCUUUUACCAAAUCAAACGCUUGAAAAAACAUUGCGAAAUCAACAACUUGUUUACCAAUAGGACGCCUCUUGAACAGAAUGCCAAAUAAUUAUUUUCGUGCCGUGACGCGAAAUUGCUGUGGGCAAGACACAUUUAUCCAUUGAAUUUUUAUUUUCUUAUUGGUAAAAACGGUCAAAAAGGGAUUUUCAUGGUGUUUCGAGAAAAGCUUUGAGGAAUUUUUCACCCUUACAAACCAAAAUUAGGCAGCUAAUUUUUACAUAUUCUGAAUCAGAAAAAUUUUGCGAAUUUUUGGAUAUAUAACUCCACCUGUUUUACGAUUUUCUAUGAUCUGGGCGGAAACGUGGAUUUGGCUUAGUUCAUCCAAGCGGGCAGGAAGUAGGCGAAAAUCAUGGUUUUGGCCUAGUUCGAUUUAAUCAACUUCGAUUUAAUCAACUAGGCCAAAACCAUGAUUUCCGCCUAGUUCCUGACCGCUUGCAUGAACUAGGCCAAAUCUCGGUUUGGCCUACAUCUUCACCGACUGCAUGAACUAGGCCAAAAUCUCGGUUUUAGCCUACUUCCAUUUCUUCAUCUUUCCAAUUUCUGAGAUCACAAACUUCGCCGUCGCAAAGCGAUGAUGGGCGAUUCCGAGGCGCGACGAUCCGCCGUUAUUUUCCCGACAGACUGAUAUGCCAAAAAAAAAAAAAAAAAUUCGCCCACAUGAAAAGAAACCACCUAUGCCAAAAAAAAAAAUUUUUUUUUUCGCCCACAUGAAAUUUUUUCACCUAGGCAGACCAGAUUUUGAAGUAGGCCACAAAAUUUCAUGUAGGCUAAAAAUGAAGUAAGUUUGAAACUUUUUGGAAUAAUAUAACGCACCCUUCUUAUAUACCCGUAUAUACCCGAAAUCUCGGGUAUAUUCGGGUAUUUAUAAAAUUAGCCUAAAUUAGUCCAAUAUAGUACCAAUAUGAAGUAGUUAAUGAAUAAGCGGCAACUUAUUCAUUAACCUAAUAAUGUUUGGAGUGAUAAUCUUUAUUUUGCCAACUACAACAAACAAAACUGGUACUUUAACAAUGAAAAAGUUUAGCAAUUUAGAACCAAGUUUUCAGCGGCAAAAAUGAAACUAUAACAAAAUGUCAACAUUUAUUGAUUUUUUUAUGACAAAACUCAACUUUUUUUACAUUUUUUGAAUGCAAAAAUACUUUGAAUAUACCCAUAAAUACCCGAAAAUACCCGGCCUCUCGGGUAUUUGGGUUUAUACCCGGGUAUAUACGGGGGUAUAUACCCCGGGUAUAUACCCCGUCCGAACCCUAUUAUGUUCGUUCUGAGGCAGCGUUCAAGGGCAAUAAAAAUUUUAUAAACAAUUGUGAAUUUUUUGUUAUUUUAAUGCUGCAGGCUGCGCCCUAGUCUAGAGUUUAAAACUAUGCCAUUUAUCGCCUGUUUCGUGUAUAUUUUUCAUUUCGAACUUAAUUUCAACCCUCUAUUCACAUGUCGAGACCAAGUUUUUGCUCUAUUACAUGUUGAAGUGCAUUUGGAGGGGUUACGUGUUCCGGAAAUUCCCAUAAGCAAUCCGCGAAAAACGAAGCACAAGAGCCGAAAAAUGUUUCCGUUAGACAAAUUGUCGUGUUAUUUUGGGUUUUUUUGACGUCAGAUUCGCAAAAAUCCCAGAAGAAAAAUUAUAAUUAGUAGUCUUACAACUGUUUAUGUUUACUAAGAAACUCUAUACGCCUAUGUAAAAAAAUGUAAAAAGUUUUUCGGGAGCAAAAGCCGAUAUCCGAACUCCAAAGUCCUUGGGAUAUCCGAGAAAAAAAUUUUUUUUUUCCGCCACUGUUUUUUAUAAACUUUCCCCAGACCUCUCGUUCAAAAACCCCUCAGGCGGUUUUACGGCUUUUUUGGGGCUCAAAAAAUUAAGAUGUUUCGCGGACUCGGCAUAUUAAAACAGCACGUCGUUGGGGUGCGGCUUGACCUCGGUGGUUCGUUUUUAGUCCUAGAACGUCUUGUUUGGGAUUUUUAAAUUUUAAAUUUUUGAAAUUUUGGUGAAAGUUUUGUGUUUGGACUUUGACAAAAAUAGUUUGAAUUUGCACUGUGCAGAGGGAUUUUUAGGCUUUUUUGAGGUCUGCACUGUGCAGAGGGAUUUUUAGACUUUUUUGAGGGCUGCACUGUGCGGAAAUAAAAAUUGAAUUUUUUCUGCACAGUGCUGACGAAAAGAAGUUUUGAUACAGCAAAUAGUAUUUUUUAAAGCAUAAAAGACUUGUUUUUGUAGCAAUUUUAUUUUUUGCACAGUGCACUUAAGAUUUCUGGACUUUUUGCAGUCUGCACUGUGCGGAAAUAAAAAUUCAAUUUUUUCUGCACAGUGCUGACGAAAAGAAGUUUUGAUACAGUAAAUGGUAUUAUUUAAAGCCUACUACACUAGUUUUUUAUAGCAAUUUUAUUUUUUGUACAGUGCCCUUAGGAUUUCUGGACUUUUUGCAGUCUGCACUGUGCAAAAUUUGAAAACUGCAGUUUUAUUGCUUAUUGUGUAAAGUCAAGAUUUAAUUUGCAUUAGUAUACUUAGAAUUGCCUAUACAGCAAUUUUUUAGACCAAUUUUAUUUUUGCACUGCGGAUCGAGAUUUUCCGGUAUUUUUUGUUUUUGCACGGUGCAAAGGAAUUUUUGGCAAAAAUCUAUGGCAACUGGGUAAAUAUAUAUACAAUAGCAUUUUUAAUUUAUUUUUUUUGUCAUGGUGACAAUCACUGGCCCAAAACAAACCUCCCGGAAAUUUUAGUAUUACUUUUGAAGAAACCUCGGGCGCAGCUCGCAAACAAAAAUUUCUGAUGCAAGUCGCAAAGCUUUUUUAUUAAUUUUUAUUAUGAUUUUUUAAAAUUUAAAAAUAAAAAAUACACACCAAACAGUUGAAAAAUGUCAUAGUUCAAAACCCUACACUAGGGCGCAGCCUGCGCCAUUAAAGUAACAAAAAAAUUUAAAUUUCCCAAAAAAAUUUUAUUGCUUUUGUAACCUGUCUCAAGACCAAUAUGUACAUUAAUUUUUCGGAUGCACUUUACACUUUUUGCAGGAAUUUACAUUAUUUAUGACCAUUUGCCAUUAGAGACAUUAGCUCUGACUUGGCCCAUUAUCCCGCCCCACCCGCUUCAAUUCCCAUUAUUCACACGAGUUUCCACAUGACUUUCUUGGAGGUUGUAAUUAGAAUUGGGUUUGGGUAUUAUCGAUGUUUUGGGAGAGAUUUCUAUUUUUUCAAGUUUUUUAUCCGUUUUCGAUUUUAGGGGCUUUUUGGAAUAAAAGAAAUCCUUUUUCAUAUUGAAAAAAGUAGUAGCUGCUACUCAGAAACGAUUUUUGUACUUUUAUUGUCCCGAAAAAUUCGAAAUUUUUGAUUUUUUAGUCUUCCCAACGCACAGUGCAACAAAAUUUUUCAAUCAAAAAAUUUCGUAUUUUAGCCGGCGUAAAUUUUCUGGAUAUCUCAUAGCACAACUACCACUGCUACUUACUACCACCAAACCGAAUUUUAUAUCCCACUUUAUCCUCUGUCAAUUUUUACGAUCGUUUUAUUUUAUUUACUGCACGGUGCACCCAGUCCCCCAAAGAUUUUACGAAAGCUCGAACAAUGUCCUAUAAAUAUAGUCCCACUGUUAGUUUUUGUUUCUUCUGGCGAUGUCGUGUGGCGCCCGCAAAGUUUUGUUCCCCAGCGGCAAUUAAGGGGGGACAGGAAGAGCGCUCUUAUCUUGUCGUUCGCCUAGGAUAACAACCGGGUGUAAUUUCAUCAUGGGUUUACUGGGAAUUGAGUGGAGAAGAUUGUCUGGGAGUUCGGUGGCGAUUAUACCAAGGCUCCGAAGGGCUGCUGAAAAUUUGGGAAUGAUUUUUUUUUUUGGGAAAAGAAACAUCUUUGAAAACGAUCUUUUUGGGCUGACAAGAGAUUUAAAAGGCUCUACUGUACCUCCAAGUUCGACGCUCAGAUUUUCUUCAAAUUUUGUACACAUUUUGGUCAUAAACUAAGUAUCAGUUACUGAAAGUUUUAGCUCGCGCUUUGCAAGCGCCUCCAAGAUAUUGAACCAUCUUUGCCGCUGAGAGAGUACGCUAGACGUGGAGAGCGAUCAGAGAAAAAAACACUUUUUGGCGAUAACUCUGAUAGUUUCGUGCGUUAAAAGUUGAUUUUUUGUGGAAAAAUUACCCUUUAUAGUAAAAAUACACAUAAAACUUUUCGAGCCAAAAAAAUCGGCAAAAAGUGUCAAAUUUUCGCCAACUUUGGAUCAAAAAAUCUCGGUUAUUUCUGCAAAGCGCGAGCUAGAAUUCUCGCAUAUAUUGUAGAAAAAAUUAUUUUAAAUUUGUGCCAAGUUUCAUCAAAAUCUGAGCGUCGCACUUGGGAUACUUCCUCUGCAAAUUGUAAAUUACAUUUAUCAACCAUGAAUGUCAUCUUGUUCAAGUUAUUUUUAGUCCAUUCCUUUUGAAAGUUUACAUUUUUUUGGCCAAGAUUUGCAUAGCCUUCCUUAUGAAGUUAUAGAACGUCCUUAUUUUUUGUUUACCGCUUCAAAAGCAACCCAUUAUUCCCAAAAAGAACCGUCUAUUUUUUGUUUUUGACCUUCGCAGAGACGUCUGCCCUUAGGACAUCCUUACUUUAUGCAUCAUUUCGCUGUAGUCUAAGCGAAUUUUUCUAGGCCGUUAAAUGUGCAAAUUUAUGCAAGCAAUCAACCACUCUCAUAACCUCUUUAUUACGCAGCUGCACGCACGCUGACGUCCCAAGACAAGGAGGAAUGUCAUGUUUCUGACUUAUUCGGUCCCUCCGGCGCUUUGAACUUUCUCAAGGUCUCUCCUUUUGUGGGCCCUCAUAAGCUCUUCAUGUUCCGCUUUUUCGGGGCCGCCUUUGCCGUCCGUUGAGCCGUCUCUGAAGAGGGUCAAAAUCGAGGGUUCGACUUAAAGGUGGCUCAGUUUUUUCUAGGAGAUUUCUUGAGAGUUUUAGAAUAGGGGAAUAUCGGAUUUUGAUGGCCUAAAAAUACGUGAUACAGUAAGGCAAUUUAGGGAAAUUAUGAUGACUUAUAUUACAGUUGGAAGUCAAGGGUCACGUAUUAAUUGUCAACAUAUUCCAGGAGGUCUAUCUAAAAAAAAAAUACAAGUAUUCGUAGGGUUUGUGGUUAUACUUUUGUUUUGCCCCGAUUGACUUGAUUUUUGGCAUGGUGGUUCUUUUAGAUCCUCUCUUUGAGUAUUUAAAAAAAAGUUCGAAAUUUUCAAUUUUGAGUGACCUAUGACGUCAUGAAAAGUCGAAACUUUGAGCUGCCAUAUCUCGCUUCGUUUUAUAGGUAUGGACUUGAUUUUUGGUUUCGUCGCGUAUGGUACAUAAUGGGACAAUCACUGUCGAAAUUUUUUCGAAAUUUCAAAAUUUACGAAAAAAAUCCCAAAAAAAGACCUUUUUUCGUAUCUUUUAAUUAGACCGGGGAAUAUUGAAAUGCAAGCUUCUACAGGUCCAUAUCGGGAAAGCAAAUUCAUAACUAAGAGAUAACUCCAUGUAUGUGUAGAUACGGCCAUGUACAAACUUACACUUACACAAAACCCCGUCAUGAUGACGGAAUUUCUGGAUUUUUUUGAUUCCAUUGAAUUCUACGUACCCGACUUCCUAUUAGUACGUGUCUUUCUUUUUUGUAGUGCACUUCGUAUUUUAGCUAUGGCUUACUGUAAAAAAUACGAUUUGCACAGUGCGAAUUUCAAAAAAUUCGUUCUCGGCUCCCAGGUCGAAAUUCGAAAAAAACGGCUCGCUGAUCGAUUUCUUUUUGCUCGAAGAUUGUCACAAAAUUUUUUCAGAACAUUCUACAUAGCCAUGUCCUCAAUAGAAUCUCCCGACGGAAAACGAAAUUUUUCGAAAUUUUCAAAAUUUUGACUUUUUCAAAUUUUUCGCUCUGAUGUACAACAACGAUGUCAAAAAUGUCCAACUAUAGAUUAUAGAGCUCGAAGAGCUCUACAAAUUACCCGCUUACAUCGUCUUCGUAUCUUUGAAAUUACGGCCGCCAGAGCGGCCGGAAAUUUCGGUCGAUUUUUGGUGCACCGUGCGAAAAAAAUCGCCCUCAGGGCAAUUAGCGGGGUUGAACAAAUUGAUUAUAUGGGUGCUAUAGGACACAAAAUGAACUACCAUCGUGCCAAGUUUCAGCUUUCUACUUGCAAUAUUCUGUGCGCACCGUGCGGUCGAAAAAAAAAUCGAAAUUUCGGCCAAAAUUCGGCCCUGAGGGCUUGGAAUCGAACUUUUUCGGAUUUUAAUUUUGUCCAUCGUAUUCAGCACAUUGAGCUGCUACAGAAACAGAUGUCGAUUCCUAAAAUACGCACAGGUUGAAAAAGCAGUAUUCGAAUUUCCGAAUUUUUGGAUUUUACUUACUUUCACGAAAGUUACUAUACCUCGGGAACAAGGUCGAAAUUCAAAAAUCCCGCCCGUUACAUGAUAGACAAUUUAGUAAGGAUUCUACAACCAGAAGCUGGGAUACGAUUCCGAGAGAUAUGAUCAGAAAUCGUGUUUGAAGCGGCGGUCCCAAAAAAUCCCGAAUCGGAAAAGUCGUCAAAUCCCAAAAAUUUCCAACUAAAAUUAGUCUAAAAGUUACAUAUUCGGAAUCUCUAUGUCAUUUCGGACAUAGUCGUAUCUUUUUCCCCGGUACUUUUAGUGCAAGAAGUGCCAGUCUUGAAAAAACGCCCACUUCCAUGGACGAAAACACAAAAAAAGAGCGCGGGGAAGAGAGAGAGCGGGCAGAGAACCGCUUCCUUCUUCGUUUGGCGGGAGAAAAGAGAGAGUGGGAAGGGGGUGGAGGGUGGUUAGACAAAGGUUUUCUCUUUCGAUUCCGGUCAGAGAUAAGAUGGAGAGAGUGCUGAGUGUGAAGAGGCGGUAGCGAAACGGUCAUCAUGACGGGGGUUUCUGGAUUUUUUCGAGAAAUUUUUGUAAAAUUUUUUUUUGGUCCUGGAUUCUCGGGAUUGGCCGUUUUAGGACCAAAUUUGACGGCGAUUUCGGGAAAAAUAUUGGCUUUGGAUAAUUUUGAGUGCUGAGUCUAUUUUUUCGAGUUUUUUAGUUGAUUUUUCCUUAUUGUAUGAGGUUCUGAUCAAGUUUGGGUGGAAGGGAGAUUAUUUUAGGUAACAAAAUGUAGUCUCGCGGCGGCCGUAGGCCGUCGCCUCAUGCCGGCAGGCUCUUUACCCCGGCUUAGCAAUCUGGGACUGGCCUGAGCUUAGCGAUUAGGGAAAGCUUAGCGAUCCUAACUUUUUGGUCUUAAAAACGCUACAACUUCCUACUAGGCUCAGUCUAACGCGUAGCGUUUCUCUGCCGCGGCCGGAGGCCGUCGGCAAAGCUUUAGCGAGCGUUUAUGUUGUUUUCGACUUUGAACAGGUCCAAAUCGCGCGAAAAGCAGCGAUACCGGGCGCAAAGUUGCCUUUGUCCGCAGGGCUGCCCGAGAGACGUGAGCAGCCGCAGGCUGCGAAGUCUCGAGCCCUAGUCAUUUAUCUUAACGGCAAUUUCACUUUACCGCGACACAAUUCAUUUUCUCGGCGGCGUUGCGAUUUUCGAUGCGACAAAGCGCUCACUAUUUCCCCGACAGACUGAUAAAAGUCCGUAGGCAUUUAGGAUAUGUUUUGAGCUUACUGAUGAAAUAAUAGAAAUUAAAUUUACCAAGCAAGUGCCAUAAAUGCCACCAUUGGAUUAUAAUGAAACUUGGCACAAACUUUGAUUGUAGGCUUAUAAGGAAAAUUUACUUGCCCGUUCACAAAGUCGCUGGAAUGAUUGUGCGAAAAUGGAGCGCUUUUCACUAUGCAAUUUCUUGUUUUUUUUUGCAUGCAACGAGCAUUCUUGGGCACGUCAAACUGAGAUGUUUUACCUUCAUCUCUGAUCUCUGAAAACCUUUUAAUCCAAAGUUCAAUUCAAAUGUAUUCAAAUUCCGAAAAUUCCAGCCUCUUUCCGGGAAUAAAACCUUUUCCGAGACCGUCCAAAUUUAUCUUUUCUAUAGUACUCUGGCUUUAUGCCAUCGCUUCCUUGACUUAGCCAACCGUUGCAAGAGCGCCUCAUAAAACUAGUUCCGCUCGACUUAUUCAAAAAAGCCCUGAGGGGAUGUCGAGAAUCUUCUUGGACUUUGAGGUCAUGUCGUCAUUGUUUGAUUCCUUUUUUUUCUUUGUUUCCAAAAAAAACGAUAAAAAAUGGCAUCGUUAAGGGCGAGAUUCUUGGCUUCUGUUGGCAAAUGUACAUCGCCUAUUGUCUUAAGGUCGACGUUCGGAAUUUUUAACCGCUCUUUGAGAGCUGUUGUUCAAACGGGGUAAUUGACAAGGAGAUUGUGGAAGUGUUUGAAGCGCAACACUCGGAUCCUUUGUAAAUUUUGCGCACACCUCCGGCAUGAGUGACAUAUCAAUGCCUGAAAGUUUUAGCUUGCGCAUUGCAGGCACAGCCGAGAUAUUGAACGAUCUUUGCUGCCAAGAGAGUACGGUAAACGUGGAGGGCGGUCAGAGAGAAAAAACUUUUUGGCUAUAACUUUGCUCGUUCCGUGCGGAAAAAAUUGAUUUUUUAUGGAAAGAUUACCCUGUAUGGUAGAAAUAGGCAUGAGACUUUUCGUGUCAAAAUUCGAAAAAAAAGUCUCGAAUUUUCGCCGACUUUCGAUACAAAAAUCUCGGUUGUUUCUGCAAAGCGCGAGGUGGAAUUCUUGCAUAUAUUUUAGAAAAAAUAUUUCUAAAUUUGAGCCAAGUUUCAUCAAAAUCUGAGCGUCGCACUUGGGGUACUUCCCUGUUAGAAAUAGCCAUGAAACUUUUCGUGCCAAAUGUCGCAAAAAAAUGUUGCAUUUUUGUCAUCUUUUGGCCUAAAAAUCUCGGCCAUGCCUGCAAAGCGCGAGCUAAAAGUAAAGUCGAUCCAGUUGCAAAACACGUACCAUUUUGCAUCCGGGAAGUAUCAAAAAUAUAUCAAAAUACCUCCAUCUCCAAGUAAAAAAAACCCCGAUUUCAACAACGCACCGGUCAUUUUGUUGGAGAAAGGGUUCGCCCUUCAAAAAAAUCAAUUUUUUCACUUGGAGAUGGAGGUAUUUUGCUGCGAUCUUGAUACUUCCCGGGUUCAAAAUGGUACGCGUUUUGCCACUGGAUCAAGUCCGCCACUGCACAUUCAUUUUACCGGCUCUAAACUGUUGAUUAUUGCUCGCGAAUUAUGUCAUAUACAAUGUAUAUCGUAUCUUUUAGCUUAACAGAGGGACCUUUAUGGUUAGAACAGCACGAGUUUUACUUCUUUUUCAAUAGUUUAUACUCAAUAGUUUAUACUAGUUUCACUCAGAAAAAUUAGUUCUCGAUGAUCCAACGACGAUUCAGUAAACUUGGUAAGAGCUGAACAAAAUAUAUUUCAAAAAAUACCAAAAAAAUUUUUUUAGUUCAUCACACAUACUCUCUCUUCAACGUAUUUAACCAAUGUUUUACUUUCAGACAGUAACAAUGGUGCUGAACGGAUACCUCUUUGCGACACAAACAACGCGGGUCUGGCGUUGUAUGAGGUAAGAGGGGCUUUUAAACCAGUAUCAAUAUAGGACUGUUACAAGGUUCGAAAAGAAUAUUUGGUAUCAAACAAAAUGGGAGAUUAUGAGGAUUCAGGGGAAAAAGAAGCUUCAAAUUUGGUCGAAAAAUAAAGAAGAUAUAGCCAUUUCAAAUCGGGCCACAAAAAUGGCACACCCUGUAAAAUAAUUAAAAUUAUUUUUUAAUAUUUUUUUUCUUUUUGUCCGUUCUCCAACGUUAAUCUGCAAAGAAUCGAAUCAUGAAUGCCUCGGCUUUAUUCGGACCGCGUGCGAUAAAAUCUUUACGUAUUGAUAUACGGUCUUGUUGGGCUAAUCUUGAGCGCUUUCUUUAUUAGGUAAAAAAUGAUAUUUUUGCAGAAAAAGUAUUUCUCGAAGCUACAAGUCCGGACAGGGAUUGAUAAAUAGACAAAUCUUGAGCAUUUUUUAUUGAGUAAUCUUGAAAAAGAUUAUACGUACAGUGACGGACCUGAUCCGCUGAGAAAAAACGUACCAUUUUGCGUCCGAGAAGUAUCAAAAAAUGUGGCAAAAUGCCUCCCUCUCCGACUAAAAAACUCCGUUUUGGGUGCCUUUUCUCUCACCUAGAGAGCUUGAGCGGAGCUUGCCUUUGAAGCCGGAGUUUUUUUACUUGAAGAUUGAGGUAUUUUGCAACAUUUUUUAUACUUCCAGGAUGCAAAAUGGUACCUUUUUUGCCACUGGUCAGGUCCGCGACUAUAAAAGAAUGUGCAAAAUGGGGAGAGCGCUCAGAAAUAAAUCAAAUCCAUUUCAUCAUAGAAAUUGCUAUGAUAUAUAAAUAUAUAGGUUAUGAUAAAUACAUACGAUUACCACUGCAUUAUUUACCAUUUCCUUUUGAUUUGCAGGAAGAAUACAACUCCCAAGGCCAGAAGAUUGGCCAGAUGCUCCGCUCCCUUUCCCUCUACCAAACAGCGCCUCAAGAGGACGUCGAAGCGAAUGCUCCGUCGGCCCCCAAACAACCGGUGAAAAUGGGUACCCUCAUGGGUGUCUAUUUCCCAUGCGUGCAAAACAUCUUCGGAGUUUUGUUUUUCAUCCGACUCGCCUGGAUCGUGGGCGUCGCUGGGAUUGUGGAGGCGCUGGGAGUGGUGCUGCUCUCCUGUUCUGUGGUGAGUUUAGUUUAUAUUUAUUUUCAUAAAUUACAUUUGAUGAAAAUGAAUUUAGUCAAUUGUAAAAAUAAAUAUAUAAUAUUUGAAAAUAUUUUUUGACAUUUUUAACGGUUAAUUCAAAUUUCGGAGCCAUUGCACUGUGCAAUUGCAGUUAGGGUUAAAAAAGUUGGACUGGCCAGAUUUUUAGGCCAAGAAAAAAUAUUUGUCGAUGAAAUUUACAUCAACGCACUGUGCAGGUAGCUUUGCCAAUAAAUCCAUGCUUGUUUUGAUUGAACAGUGCAAAAAUCAAAAAUCUGCACUGUGCAGCGAUUUCAAGACACAAUUUUUUGGGCUAGUCGGAUUUUUAGACCGGUAAAAGUCAAUUCCUCUUGUUAUUUUAUCCCCUGGCAAUGUGCUGAUAUUAUUUUCUGGCCAAGAUAUUUCUGGUUCAUUGAACAGUGCAAAAAUCAAAAAUCUGCACUGUGCAGACGAUUUCAAAUAUAAAAUUCUGGUUCGAUCGGAUUUUUAGGCCAAUAAAAGUUAAUUCCUCUCGUUAUUUUGUCCCCUGGCAAUGUGCUAACAUCAUUGUUUAGCCAAGAUAUUUCUGUUUGAUUGCACAGUGCAAAAAUCAUAAAUCUGCACAGUGCAAUCGAAGUUUAGCAUUUUCUGCACUGUGCAGAGGAAAUUCAAAAAAAUUAUUUCUCUAGCCUAAGGAUCAAUGUCGUCUCCACCUAAAAACCUCACUUUCAGACAUUCCUCACCUCGAUAUCGCUCUCCGCAAUCGCCACGAAUGGAGUGGUCUCCGGCGGAGGCCCGUAUUACAUGAUCUCCCGUAAUUUGGGCCCCGAACUCGGCGGUGCCAUCGGGAUUCUGUUCUUCUUCGGCAACACGAUGGCCGGCGCCAUGUACAUAACGGGAGGCGUGGAGAUCCUGCUGAUCUACCUCUGCCCGCAGCUCAAGCUCUUCGAAAGCAUGCAUAACAAUUUCCGGGUGUUCGGCUCCGCCUUGCUGCUGUGCGUGGGGCUGGUGGUGUUGGCGGGGGUUAAGGUGAGGGGUUUGAGUUGAAAAAAAGAAUAAGUUGAACAGUAUCUCUAGCCACGAUCACUUUCAAAAAUCGCAUUUUUCAGGUUGUAAAUAAAUUCGCACUGCCGGCGUUAGUCAUGGUGUUAGGAUGCAUAGCGUGCACAUUUAUUGGAGAGUUUGUCAAGUUUAAUGGAACCGACAGCUUACGGUAGGUCUUUUUUGAGGACGUACAAAUCUCUGAAUGUCCAGAAAAUGUGUCAGGAUGACAUCAUUCUAAAAAGCGCCUACGGUAUAAAUAACAGCUGUAUAUGGCUAGUAGCACUCCUUACAGUACGUCAAAAAAUUUUGGGGAUUGUACAGCAUCUUGUCGCUGAAAAAACUCGCAAAAAAACUAAAAGUCUAGAAAAUGCGUCAUCCAAAUUGCGCAUUGCAGAAGUUUUGAGCUCAAAUUUUUUUACUCGGUACUCUAGAGAGUAUUUAUAAACAUAUACAGCCAUUGUUCAGACCGGUGCGGCAUCUUAAAAAUGGGUGUCAUCGUGACACAUUUUUUUGCGGAAAAAACAUGUUUUUUUUUUCAUUUCAGAUAUUGUGUUGUCGGCGACCGUCCAGUAAAUUUGGUGGCCUUCUCCGAGAAGCACAAGUACACCCCGGACUGCACAAUCGAGGGUCUUCGGGCCGCCUUCUGUCCGAACGCCACGAGUUGCGAUCCCUACUUCAAGAAGGUCCUCACCUCCAACCCGCUGUCCAUCGGCUCGCAGCGCGCCAUCACCGGUUUCUCCAGUAAUGCGUGGUCCGACAACCUUUGGGCCAAAUACCGCGAAAAGGGCACCGUCUUGACCCGCGGCGACUCCACCAAGGAGCCAAAGGCGGAGAAGGGGAGCUUCUGGAUCUUUGAGGACACCACAACCUCUUUCAUGGUGCUGGUCGGCGUGUACUUCCCAUCCGUGACGGGUAUUAUGGCGGGCUCGAACAGGUCGGGCAAUCUUCGAGAUGCGGCCGUUUCCAUUCCAUGGGGUACUAUUGGCGCUCAACUCACCACUUCUCUGGCUUGUGAGUUUGCUUGCGAAGAGGGCUAUAUAACUGUUGGAAUGCUGAUGGCUUUGUAAAGCUCCUGUUCAAGUAGAAUGGCGGGUCUGAUCCAGUGGCAAAAAAAGUGCCAUUUUGCAUCCGGGAAGUAUCAAAAAAUGUAGCAAAAUACCUCCCUCUCCAAGUGCAAAAACUCCGAUUUCAAAAGCGCUUGCCCAGAGCGUCACAAACAGAUUUUUUUUAGUUGGAGACGGAGGUAUUUUGCUACAUUUUUUUGAUAUUUCCUGGAUGCAAAAUGAUACGUUUUUUGCCACUAGUACGCCACAGUAGUAACAAAAAGCUCAACUGAAACCCUCAUUUUUCAGACAUUUUCGGCUCUGCCUUUUUUGGAAUGACCGUCUCCGAGCUGUUCAUCCGCGACAAGUACGGGGAGUCGGCGAUGGGGAAGAUGAUCGUCGCCGAACUGGCCGUCCCAAUGCCUCUGAUCAUCCUGCUCGGAUGUCUCGCGUCAACCAUCGGCGCUGGAAUGCAAUCGUUGACUGGGGCGCCGAGAAUUCUGCAGGCAAUUGCGAGUGACGAGGUCAUUCCAUUCUUGCGGCAUUUCAAGUCCACGGAUCGCCGCGGUGAACCGUUGAUUGCGAUUUUUGUGACUUUGAUCAUCUGCGAGGUGGGGAUCUUGAUCGCUGUGCUGGAAAGCUUGACUGCGCUGAUUACGGAGUAAGUUGAUGGGAAAUAUAGUUGUGUUCUGGUGGAUAGCUCAAAGAUUUACAGUGAUGGACCUGAUCCAAUGAGAAAAAACGUACCAUUUUGUGUCCGGGAAGUACCAAAGUUUGGCAAAAUGCCUCCUCUCCAACUAAAAAAACUCCUGUUUGGAGGGCCUUUACCAAAAUAACUGGCGCGCUUUUGAAAUCGGAGUUUUUUCACUUGGAAAAAGAGGCAUUUUGCUACAUUUUUUGAUACUUCCCGGUUGCAAAAUGGCACGUUUCUGCCACUGGAUCAGGUCCGCCACUGUAUUUCUUAUGAUAGUCUGCAGUUGGGGGUUUCGUUAUUUAGGCACUAUUUAUCAUCUCGUUCCAACUUUUCGACUCGAUGACAGUUCGGGUCAACACAAAAUCGAUCAAUGUCUAGGACAGGCGUAAACCCAAAAAAGGCGGUAGGAGAUGUCCACAAGGACUGUAAAAGCCGUUGGAUGCUCGGCGGGCGUUCCGCGAAGGCUCGGCGGAGAUUCAAAGUAUCCUCACUAAAAAGGCUUGCACUAUGUCCAUUUUUUCUAACUUUAGCUAUUACUAACGUUAGUUUUCUUUACCGUGAGUUAUUGUAACAUAUAAAAGGCCAAAAUUUGGGGUAAAAAACGAAGAUCCGUAACUUCUAUCUCAAUAUUAUUGAUGUGAGUAGAUGCAAAAUACCUAGAAAUAUGUGAUAAACUCUCCUAGGACCUGAUCAAUUUGAUUAUUUCUAAUAUCUAAACCUUCUCCAAGCCUUGCCAUCCAUAUAAUGACAAAUAGAGGCACCCCAAGGGAUCGCCGACCCGCACUUUUGUUGACCCGAAAAAUCGUUGCGCCAUUUGUCAUCAUGCCAAAGCAAUUUUCAAUUUUUUUCUAAAACCUAACGGCAUUUUUUUCUUCAGAUUCCUUCUGAUGUGCUAUUUCGGAGUAAACCUCUCGUGCGCGAUUCAGUCGCUGAUGAAAGCGCCCGGUUGGCGGCCCACCUUCAAGUACUAUCAUUGGGCCCUCUCGUUCGCCGGCGCCCUCCUCUGCCUCGCCAUUAUGUUCAUCAGUUCUUGGCAGUUCGCGAUCCUCGCCAUCCUCAUGGGCAUCGCCGUCUACAAGUACAUUGAAUACGAGGGCGCGGAGAAGGAGUGGGGCGAUGGACUGAAGGGAUUGAAGCUUUCGGCCGCCAGAUAUGCCCUGCUUUCGGUGGAUCAACGGCAUGAACAACAUAGUCGGAACUGGCGUCCACAAUUGUUGGUGUUGUAUCCGAACAAAGGUGGGAUCUUUGGAGGAAAGGACGCGAAUGAGACCGGUGACAGACUGCUCAGCUUUGUCAGCCAACUGAAGGCUGGGAAGGGGCUGACAAUGGUGGCGGAAUGCAUUGAAGGGGAUUACAUCAAGAAGUUGGAGGAGGCUUCGGUAAGUCGUUGAAAACUGCCAAGCAAAAAUUCAAAUUAUACAAUUUGAAAAGUCUCUUUUGGGUCUCAAACCGGUUUUUGGCACUUUAAGACAAUUUAAAAUUUCAAAAUUCAAAUUUCCCGCCAAUCUUGGCAUCCUGUUUAAAGCAGUUUUUUACUCUAAAAUGGCUCGAUAAUGGAAAAAGCAACGGAAUCAAAGCUUAAAUUGUCUGUGGCACAAUAAAAAAAAUGGUCCAGAAUGUUUGUGUGGCCAUAUUUUACACAAAAAGACAUUUUUUUAUUUUUUGCACUGUGCAGCAAAAAAAUUUUAAUGAUCUCAAAAUUGAUGACGUCACAUCAAAAAUGGCCUCAAAUCCAUUUCAGAUCGAACGUCAACGCCUCAUCGACAAGUGCCAAGCCUACAAAAUCAAAGGAUUUUGCGAGGUCCUCGUCAACGACACUUACAACGCCGGAAUCAACUGUCUGGUCCAGACCUCUGGGCUUGGCGGACUCCGUCACAACAGUGUGUGCAUCUGCUGGCCGGAAAAAUGGUCCGAGACCAAGGCCUGGGACGAGGCUCAUCGAUUUGUCAGUGUGAUUCGAAGCAUCGCCGCGACAAAGUGCGCCAUUUUGGUGCCCAAGGGGAUCAAUAACUUCCCGAAGAGCACGGAGAAGGUUACUGGAACGGUAAGCAAUUUGUUUUGGAUAUUUUUUAGCCAUAAAAAAACGAUGCUAUGUCAGCGUCUUUUACGGCCAUUGAGGGUUAAAAUAACACCAAUCCGAGACCAGUAGCGGCUGGCAAGUGGAGGUGACUUGAUUUGCUUCGUACCCUGUCAAAAUCGGGGUACCUCCGAAUUUUUAACAAUAGAAAAUCUCGGCUAUGCCGUAAGGCUAAGCAAUACACCCUAGAUGAAGCUUCGAUAAGCCCUCUAUUAGUCUACAAGUAUGCUGAAAUAGGGAUGGAUCUGAGCUAGAAAAUAAUCGGCCUCAAACUUUUGCAAGAAAACGGUCAUAACUUAUUAUACAACCUAAUAUAUUCCAGGUGGAUGUUUGGUGGAUUGUCCAUGACGGCGGUCUCUUGAUGCUGCUGCCUUUCCUUUUGCGGAAGCACCGGACUUGGAAGAACACCACGCUGAGGCUGUUCACCAUCGCCCAUUUCGAUGAGAACAGCACACAGAUGAAGGAGGACCUGGAGAAGUUCUUGUAUCAUCUCCGAAUUGAAGGCCAGGUGUUUGUGAUUGAUAUGGUAGGUCGAUCAAGAUCUUUUGAAUGAAAUAUCGACUGUUUUUACGCGAUUUUUUUUUGACGAAAAAUUGGAUCUUUUGGAAAAAAAAAAGGAAAAAUUGCAAGGAAAGUCCCCCAAGUGCAAUGCUCAAAUUUUCUUUAAAAUUUGCACACAUGUCGAGCAUAGACUAAAUAUCAAUUCAUGAAAGUUUUAGCUCGCGCUUUGCAGGCGCCGCCGAGAUAUUGAACGAUCUUUACCGCCGAGAGAGUACGCCAAACGCAGAGUGGUCAAAGAGAAAAACAUUUUUUGGCCAUAACUUUUCUAAUCUUGUGCGGAAAAAAUUGAUUUUUUGUGGAAACAUUACUCUGUAUGGUAAAAAUAGCCAUGAAACUUUUCGUGUCAAAAUUCGAAAAAAAAGUCUCAAAUCUUCGCCGAGUUUCGAUCUAAAAAUCUCGGUUACUUCUAAAAAGCGCGAGCUUGGAUUCUCGCAUAUAUUUUAGAAAAAAAUUAUUCUAAAUCUGUGCCAAGUUUCAUCCAAAUCUAAGCGUCGCAUUGGGGUACUCCCCUGUUAGAUUUUUACCUAGUUUUUGCCAAUUUUUAACCCUCCAAAAAAUUGGCCAAUCUUUUUUUGCCUUCUCAGCUUUUUAAAACCAACCUCAAGGCCUCAAAAGCCUUCUAACCCCUCUAAAAUUUCAGCCAGAGUCCGAUAUCAGCGAAUACACCUACGAGAAGACCCUGAAAAUGGAAGAACGAGUCAAAUUCCUUCGCGAAAUGAAAGCCCGCGAACGUCGCGACAGUCCCGCCACAAUGGAUGAGGUGGUUUUGGAGCGCCGCUUCAGCCGAAUCGAAAGAAAACAGUCCAGCGCUUCGAACAAGGUGGACAGUCCCAUCAAGACGGUCCAAAGCCCUCCGGGCUGUGUGGAUAUUGAGGAAGAGCCGGCGGCAAAUGUCGGGAAUAAAGUUCGAUUCAGUGAGAAUUCGAUUGAGGUGAGGAAAAAAAUUUUAAAAUGGGAUUUUUAAAAAUUGAAAAAUAGAUUUUUAUAAAAUUUUGAAAAAUUGGAAAAAAAAUUUUUGAGACAUUUUGAGGUUUUUUAUUUUUUUUUUCAUUCAAGUGCAAGGCUCAGAUUUUCUUUAAACUUUGCCCACACAUCACUAAUAGGCCAUAUGCCAAUUCCUGAAAGUUUUAGCUCGCGCUUUGCAAGCGCCGCCGAGAUAUUGAACGGUCUUUGCGGCCAAGAGAGCAUGCGAAACACGGAGAGCGGUCAGAGAGAAAAAACACUUUUUGGCCGUAUCUUUGCCAGUUUCGUGCGGAAAAGAUUGAUUUUUUGUGGAAACGUUACUCUUUAUGGUAGAAAUAACCAUUAAACUUUUCAUGCCAAAAUUCGGAAAAAAGUGUCAAACUUUCGCCGAAUUUCGAUCUAAAAAUCUCUGUUGUUUCUGCAAAGCGCGAGGUAAGAUUCUCGCAUGUAUUUUAGAAAAAAUUAUUGUAAAUUUGUGCCAAGUUUUAUUCAAAUCUGAGCGUUGUACUCAGGGUGCUAAAAAAAUCUAGUUUUUAGUCAUCAAAAUUUCCAUUGCAGUUUUUUCAAAAAUUCUCUUCAAAAAAAUUGGUCCUCAACUUUUCUUUAUCUUCAAUUUUUUCUCAGGUGAGCCGAGAAGAGAAGCCCACGACUCCACCAACCCCGGGCACUUACAAUGUGAGGAAAAUGCAUACAGCCGUGAAGUUGAAUGAGCUCAUGAGGAACCGAAGUAAGGAAGCGCAACUCAUCGUCGUCAAUCUGCCCGGUCCACCGGAAAAAGAUAGGGAUAAUUAUUGUAAGUUUGUUUUUUUGAACUUUAUUUUCGAUAGAAAUUUUUUUUUAUUUAAUUAAUUUUUGCAUUGUGAAAAAAAAAUAAAAAUGAAAAAAUUGUUGAUUUUUAAACUCGUAUUUUAAAUACAACACUUUAUUUUCAGAUAUGGAGUUCCUGGACACACUCACCGACGGUCUGAAUCGAGUGUUGUUGGUGCGUGGAACAGGCACUGAAGUUAUUACAAUCUACUCGUAA